CAGGCAGCAGCUCGACCCUUUCAGACAGCCAGGGUGGGGGAGAACGUUGCUGCCGUACUCCUGUGUGUGAGAGUGUGUGUGUGUAUAAUACUGUAUAUGUGCAUGACUGUGUGUGUGAGAUAGUGGUUUAAGCAGCCUCUUAGGAUGAGCGCAGAGGGAGACAGACGGUGCUGUGAUUGAGAGUUGGUAACAUCGCCUCUCUUUGCCGCCUCACCCUGUCCACAGCCCAUCCUGCCCUCCUCUCCCUUUCCUCUGGCUCUGAUCUACAACACCGCUGGGAUGUCUUCUUCUCCAGGAUCCAUGGACGGCAGCCAGAGGAAUAGCUGGUUAGUGCUGAUUGUCCAUCGGGCUUGAGAAUGCUGCAAGAAGGAGGAGGAGAAGAUGGAGGAGGAAGAGCGGAUAAGGUGCCACCCCAGGUGAACGAGGCGGAGCCUGCCCAGGUUAAGUUAAAGGAGGCGGAUCCUCCCCAGGUGAAGCCAAAGGAGGUGGAGUCGAGCCAGUUUAAGCUGAAGGAGGUGGAGCCUGCCCUGGUGAAUCUGAAGGAGAGGCAGAAGUUCUUUGAAGAGGCAUUCCAGCAAGACAUGGAUCAGUACCAGUCCACCGGCUACCUGCAGAUCAGUGAGAGGAGAGGCAGCUUUUCAUCCAUGGAGGUGAACGUAGACAUGCUGGAGCAGAUGGACCUGACGGACAUGUCCGACCAUGAGAGCCUUGACGUCUUCCUCCACUCUGGGGGAGAGGACAACAGCGUUGCCUCGCCCAUGCUGGGUCCAGACGUGGAGUCGUUAACCACAGAGAUCACACUGCAGGUUCCCACCCAGGCUGAGCUAAGACACACGCUCUCCUCCACUGACAGGCAGGACACCAAGGCCAGGGAGGAUGAAGGGGGUAGGGAGGACCACAUCCACUGUACUGCCGGGGUGCAAUCAUACGAGACAGAGGUUCCCCCAAACACAGGCCUAGCAGGGAGGCCACUGCUCCAGCCACCCAGAAACCAGACACUUAAACACUGAGGACAGCAGCUCACAGGCCACGUAAGGGCCAGGGUAGAAACGAAGACACUGAACGGCCCAAAACCCUGCGAGGACUGGUUGCGAUGCAUGGAAGAAGAGACGCAUUAUUUAUAUGUUCACUGUAUUUUCAUCCGUUUUGUAAAGAACUAAAUUCCAUGUUGAACAUUGUGGUUACAGAAUUAUUCCCCCCAUAUCUCUUGACUUGGUAAUAAACAUUUCACCCCCUUUGUACUGCCAUUUCUCAUAC